CCGGUGUUAUUCGGACAUUUUCGGGUGGUCACUUCCGGAGGGCCAAGGACAUGGUACGGCUUAUUGAAGGCAUUAUAAGUAUGCGCUGCUGAGAGUAUUCAGUUCCUCAGGCAUAACUCAGCCUUCAUUGAUGCUGGAGCAUACGCCACGACUUCAUCGAUUUUCUUUUCUCUUUAAAUUUGCAAAGAUCCAAUUCUGAGCGAAAGCGCCUCUAGAAGCGUAAAGACCACUGUGCUCAUUCGUAUUUGGUCGAGCCUGAAAGUCGCAUCGAGCAUUCCCUGCAACACGGAAUCUCCUGACCAUUCAUUCCACAAGAUGGGCGUUCGGAAUGGUGUGCAUCGCACCCAAACUGCCGUCGUGGGCAACGAUAAGGGCGGCUUAGAGGUGUCGCACGAAGCACCGGUGCCAGAGGUCAAGGAAGACUUGGUUCUGGUGCGGACUCGGGCUGUCUCUGUCAACCCAGUCGACGCAAAAAUGAUGGGGCCAUAUGUGACAGCGGGUGCCAUUUCAGGCUGCGACUUCUCCGGCGUUGUCGAAGAGGUUGGGCCCGACGCCGCCCAGCACGGCAUCAAGAUUGGUGACCGAGUCUGUGCCGCCAUUAUGGGUCAGAAUUCCAUCGAACCAUCCCUGGGAGCUUUUGCAGAGCACGUUGGUGCUCGCGCUGAGGGCCUGAUCAAGUUGCCUGAGACAGUGAGCUUUGAGAAGGGUUCUGCUUUUGGCACCAGCUUCAUGACGGCCGGGCUGGCCCUCUUCAAGAGCCUCAAUCUCCCGGGCUACCCACUCGAGCCGGGCGCCAAGUCCCUUCCAGUGCUCGUCUAUGGCGGCUCAACCGCCACAGGGACCGCCGCCAUUCAACUCCUCCGGCUAGCGGGCUUCUCGCCCGUAGUGACAUGCUCCCCGCACAAUUUUGAGCUGGUCAAGUCCUACGGCGCCGAGGCCGUCUUCGACUACCGUGCCACCGACUGCGCCAGCGCAAUCCGGUCACACACGCGUAACAGCCUGAAAUACGCGCUGGACUGUAUCUCGACGGCCGAGAGCAUGCAAAUCUGCUACGCGGCGCUCGGACGAGCUGGCGGGAGAUACACGGCGCUUGACCCUUACCCCGAGACGGUGGCCGGGACGCGCAAGAUUGUUAAGGCAGAUUGGGUCCUCGGCCCUAUCAUGCUUGGGAGAGACAUUGGAUGGCCAGCGCCGCAUGGUCGCCCGGCGGAUCAGGAUAUGUACGCGUUUGGCGUUAAAUGGAGGAAAACGGUACAAGAGUUGCUUGACCAGGGGCUCAUCCGCGAGCAUCCUCUGUUCGUGCAAUCUGGCGGGUUGGCAGGGGUUCUCCAAGGGAUGGAAGCGAUCAGAGCGAAGAAGAUUUCUGGAAAGAAGUUGGUUUACAAAAUGUCGGAGUGAGUCGGUAUACCAAUAUGGAGACUUUUGAGCUGGAAGUCCGAAGGUAUUGCUAUAGUGCAAAACGAUAUUAGCUUGUUUCGAGUUUUCCAAUGGAAAAAAAACAAUAAAAUGAGCCAUGUCUCGUAUCAGAAUCCAGGGAGCUAUCCAACAUGUUGCGGCUUCUCUCAUUUCAUAUCUACACGCAACCAUGGUCAUUUGUUACAAGCACGGGGCAUUCCCCAAUCUCCUGGUGAAAAUUUAACCCCGCCUACUUGGCAUUACGAAGCCAGGACCUCCAAACCAAUGCGUGAUCGAGACAAACAAAGAAGCACUGGUCAAGUACCAGCUUACGCCCUCACUUGGAAGGAUGGAAAAGAAGUAGCGGCAGUGGGGCGUGUGCUAGAGCAUCAAAGCUCACCAUGUCAAGCAUAUGCCACCGUGUGCUUUUUGUGAUUCGUAGAGAUGUUGGAAGGACACAUCCAGGGCUAGCCC